AUGGCCAGCUUUGUGUCCAACAUGCUCUCCCCUGGAGGAAAGGAUGGUAACAACAACACCGCCAACAAUAACAGCAGCAGGCUCGACCUCGGUCGGCCCUCGACGCCCAUUAGAAAUAGCUUCGUCGAGCCAGCCAACACCCCGAAGGGCAGCCCUAGCAAGAGAACCGCUCCCCCUGGUGCCCGAGAACUGCCCCAGGCCUUUGAGAACCACCUCAAGCUCAACGCUGCCACUACUCUUGACAGCCCCAUCAAGCUCGGCCGUCCUCAAUCAGUCAUAACCCCACUGUCUCCCACCAAGCUCAGCAACGCCCAGUCAUUCGACCCCUUCGACGCUGAGUCUACCACAAACACUCUUAUUGACGAUAGCAUCCUCCAAAGGGGACCUCCUUCUCCCCCGCUGAAGCACCAGGGCCAGGAGAACACUCCUCCUACCGCCUCCAAGAUACCCAUCUCCCACAGCCAUGCCGCUCAAUCGAGACAGGACCUCUACAACAGUCCGCGCGCCCCUCCUCCAGGAAAGAAGUUCGACACGUCUCGUGGCCUCACAGACGAGGAGCGAGCAAUUCUGGAGAAGCCCAACGUCAGGCGUCUGGUCAAUGUCACCCAGCUUUAUUUCCUCGACUACUAUUUUGACCUUCUGAACUAUGCUGGCAACCGCCAGUCUCGCCUCAAUGCCUUUCGCGCCGAAUACCCUGAGCCUCCCGAGACCGACGAGGAGACCUACAAACAGAUGUGGAGCAAGUACGCCGGUCGUGAACGGGCUAAUCUGCGCAAGCGACGGGUACGGCUCCGACAAGGUGACUUCCAGAUCCUGACGCAGGUCGGACAAGGUGGCUACGGUCAAGUAUUUUUGGCCCAGAAGAAGGACACGAAGGAAGUGUGCGCUUUGAAGGUCAUGAGCAAGAAGCUAUUGUUCAAACUGGACGAGGUGCGCCACGUCUUGACCGAGAGAGACAUCCUGACAACUGCCAAGAGUCAAUGGCUUGUCCGUCUGCUGUAUUCGUUCCAGGAUGACAAGAAUAUCUACCUUGCAAUGGAAUAUGUGCCUGGAGGCGACUUCCGCACUCUGUUGAACAACACGGGUGUCCUGUCCAAUCGACACGCUCGAUUCUACAUUGCCGAGAUGUUCUGUUCCGUGGACGCUCUCCACCAGCUCGGCUACAUUCAUCGCGACUUGAAGCCUGAAAACUUCCUUGUCGACUCUUCGGGGCACGUCAAACUGACUGAUUUUGGAUUGGCGGCCGGUAUGCUCGCCCCUGCAAAGAUCGAGUCGAUGCGACUCCGUCUGGAGCAAGCAUCAGAGACCUCUGUGCCUUUUGGCAAGCCAAUGGACCAGAGAACCGUGGCAGAGCGACGAGAUGGGUACCGGUCGAUGCGGAACAAUGACGCCAAUUACGCCAAGUCUAUCGUGGGCUCACCCGAUUACAUGGCCCCCGAGGUUCUCCGCGGGGAAGAGUACGACUUUACUGUCGACUAUUGGAGUCUGGGCUGCAUGCUCUUCGAGGCCCUGACUGGUUUCCCGCCGUUUGCUGGAUCCAAUGCUGACGAGACCUGGCGUAACCUGAAGCAUUGGAGGGACGUUCUGAAGCGGCCUGUGUGGGAGGAUCCCAACUACUUCCUCAGCAACCGGACCUGGAACUUCAUCACUACCUGCAUCAAUUCCCGCUCCAAGCGGUUCUCUAACAUCAAGGACAUUUAUGCCCACCAGUACUUUGCCGAGGUCAACUGGGAGACGCUGCGGGAUACGAAGGCGCCUUUCGUACCAGAGCUGGACUCGGAGACGGAUGCCGGCUAUUUCGACGACUUCACCAACGAGGCCGACAUGGCCAAGUACAAGGAGGUGCAUGAUAAGCAGUCGGCCUUGGAGAAUAUGGCCGAGCGUGAAGACGACAUGGGCAAGGCGCUGUUUGUCGGGUUCACAUUCCGUCACCGCAAGACGGAUGAGACCGGCAGCAGUUCAAGGAAGCCGAUCACGGACAACACGUUCGGCACAAUGCUUUAG